ACAAGCUGCGGCCAGUAAUUGAGCUUCUUACUUUGACCACGUGUAGAGAGACUGAGGCAAAACAUUAUGGCUGAUUUGGAUGAUUUUUUCGCCAAGAAAGACAAGAAGAAGAAAAGUAAAGGGAAGAAAUUCACCUCAAAAACACCAACAACAUUAUCUGAGCCGACUGUAAAACCAUUAGAAGACGACUCGGCUAAGGAAGUGAAGAUUGAUGAUAUUCCAGCCCAAUCCAAGGACGAGGAGUGGCUGGAACAGACGGAAGUUGUGGAGGAUUUAGAAGGAAUUAAAGUCACCCCUCUCGGACAAGAGGAAUCUGAAGAGGCAUCAAAGUCCUCACAGCCAGCAGAUGACAAUGGCGAUCAAGAUGGGGAAAGUUCUGCUGAUGCGAGUAAUAAGCCCACGUCAAAACAAGCAGCAUCACCUUGGCAACAGGCAACAGCCGAUGACGAUGAAGAUAGCGAAGAUGAAGAAGAUCAAACACCCGCGAUACUGGUUAAUCGUGUCGAUGAAUUAACAUCACAAGGCACAUACGUCCCACCGUACCUUCGUAGGGGUCAAGGGAUGCCACCGCCCUCAGGGAGUAGCCGCCGAUUCAAGUCCAAGGCACCGCCGGAUAUUCAAAACGCAAUGGCUUUCCCAUCUCUGCAAGCUAGUGCGACUACACCCAAGUCGCAGUGAGUCAAGACUGUUGCUAGGGGAACAAUCAGAUUUCGUCGCACGUAGAAACUGUUAUAUUUAUAUCAACUCUCUUUCUGAACACAAUCAUUGAGUGUGUGCUUGUUAAUAAUUUAGUAAAUUUCUCUCUUUCUUUUGCAAUAUAAUUCUAAGUGUUGUAGUGCUUGUAGACUUUGUGUGUUGUGUGUUACAAUAAUCAUGAAUACAGUAGA